ACUGUUCACGCCCCUCUGGACUAGGGCGGCGAUGCGCCGCCGCUCGGGGACGGAGCGCAGCGAGCGGGCGAUUUCCCAGACCCGCCCCCUUCGGCUGCGGGAAUGCUAAAGCGUGGCAGGGGCCGGCCCGGGAAGCGGAGGAGGCGGGUCUCCAUAGAAACCUCCACCUGUUUCCGGCCAGCCUGUGUGAAAUUAGGGGCUGUUGCGGGGGCCAAUCUCAGCCAGCUCGCUUCUUCCCGGCGGCCCCUGCGGGCGCGGUGGGUGUUGUACACAAUCAUCAUGGCGGCGGCCGGAGCCCCGGAUGGCAUGGAGGAGCCAGGCAUGGACACGGAGGCCGAGGCUGUGACCACUGAGGCGCCCGCACGGCCCCUCAACUGCGUGGAGGCCGAAGCAGCCGUAGGGGCAGCGGCGGAGGACUCCUGCGACGCGCGAGGCAACCUGCAGCCGGCCCCGGCCCAGCCCCCUGGGGACCCUGCGGCCCAGGCCUCGGUCAGCAACGGCGAGGACGCGGGCGGCGGUGCGGGCAGGGAGCUGGUGGAUCUGAAGAUAAUCUGGAACAAGACCAAGCACGAUGUGAAGGUCCCUCUGGACAGCACGGGUUCCGAGCUAAAGCAGAAGAUUCACUCCAUUACAGGUCUCCCACCUGCCAUGCAGAAGGUCAUGUAUAAGGGACUUGUUCCUGAAGACAAGACGUUGAGAGAAAUAAAAGUGACCAGUGGGGCCAAGAUCAUGGUGGUUGGCUCUACUAUAAAUGAUGUUUUAGCAGUAAACACCCCAAAAGAUGCUGCCCAGCAAGAUGCAAAGGCUGAAGAAAACAAGAAGGAGCCCCUCUGCAGGCAGAAGCAACACAGGAAAGUGUUGGACAAAGGAAAACCUGAAGAUGUGAUGCCGUCUGUUAAGGGUGCCCAGGAGCGCCUGCCAACGGUACCCUUGUCUGGCAUGUACAAUAAGUCUGGAGGGAAAGUGAGGCUCACCUUUAAGCUAGAGCAAGACCAGCUGUGGAUCGGCACUAAAGAGCGGACUGAGAAACUGCCCAUGGGCUCCAUUAAAAACGUGGUCAGUGAACCUAUUGAAGGACAUGAAGACUACCACAUGAUGGAAUGAUACCAUCAGAUGAGGAAAUACAGCAUCUCAUUUGCUUAUAAUGUACACCUCAAGAUCACCAGGAAUAUUCUUAAAAAUCCAUACAAGGGCCUGAAGAGAUGGGCGAGGAGUUAGAAGCAGUCUCUAUACAAUCUGAUGACCAGAGUUCAGAUUCCAGCACCCAUGUAGCAAACUGGCUGGCUGAUACAGACCUGUGCUCUCAGUUCUGGAGUAAGCAGAGACAGGAAGAUCACUGGAUUUGUUGGCUUCCAGCCUAGCAGAGAAAGUGGGAGUCUCAGGUUCAGAGAUACCUUGUCUCAGAACAGAUGGACCAACGAUUGAGGACAUCUGAUGAUCUCUUCUGUCCUCAGCACACACAUAGGUGUGCGUAGGUAGUUGUGUGGGCACGUGGGCACGCACACAGUCAUUUUAAAAACUAUGAUAAAAACAAACUACCUUACACACAACAAAUUUGCAUUACUAAAGAAAAAAGUUGUUUACCAACCACAUGAAAAAAUUAGAAGGGUGAAGUUAAAAAAGAAAAACAGGGCUAUAGUAACGCACACCUUUGAUCCCAGCAUUCAGGAGGCAGAGGCAGAGGCAGACAGAUCUCUUGAGUUUGAGGCCAGCCUGGUCUACAGAGUUGCAGGACAGCUAGGGCUGUUACAGAGCAACCUUGUCUCCAGAAAAAUAAAAAUGAAAAACAGACAGACAGAAAGACAGACAGACAGAAGGAGGGAAGGAAAGAAACCUCAUUGGAAGAGAGUGGGAGAUAAACAAAUACCAUGGUGGUUUCAAUGAGAAGACCCCUAUGACUAUGCAGGUCCCAGUCGGUGUCUGUUUAGGAAGAGUUAGGAGGGGUGGCCUUGGAGGUUUGUCACAGGGUGGGGGUGGGGAAACAGGCUUCAAGGAAUCAAAAGCCCCCAUUCCCAACAUACUCUUUGCUUCCUGUUUGUGUUUCACGAUGUAAGCUCCCAGCUACUUUUACUGUGCCAUGCCUACCUGCCUCCUGCCCUUCUCCCUGCCAUGGUGGAAUUGUAAGCCCUAAAUAAACUCUUCCUUCUGUAA